AUGUGUGUCUACUUGGUAUUCGAUCAUGGUGAAAAGGGCCAUUUUCGUCCUCUUCGAGACACUUUGUGUAACGUCUUGUUUCUCUUAUGGAUGCCUCGCCAUCAAUUGGCUCAUUUUGCAACCAGACAAUCGUGGAGUUUCGGCAGAGAAGCAUGCCGUGAGGUCAAGUUUCCCACCUUAGCUAUUAAGCGCCUGUCUCUCAGUUACACCAGUCUGUACUUUCUUCUCCGGAGUCUACCUAGCGGACC